UCUUAUAAAGCCUGUUGAAUGUGCUAGACACACAGACAUCAACACCCAGCAGCGGAGCAAUCUAUAAUAUAAGUACUGUAAUUAUAUUUAAUAUGGCAGAGAACGGGACUAUAGAGAACGGACAGCCAGAGAGAAAAAUCCCAUUCGUUCCUCAUCCCAUUAAAAACCUGGAAGUGAAGCACACAAAGGUUUUUAUUAAUAAUGAGUGGCACGCUUCUGUUAGCGGGCUUAAAUUUCCGAUUUACAACCCUGCAACAGGCACGAAAAUCUGCGACGUGGAAGAAGCUGACAAGGCUGAUGUAGAUAAGGCAGUGGAAGCUGCAAAAGCAGCAAACCUCAGGAGCUCUCCAUGGAGGAAGAUGGAUGUGUCGAGUCGAGGGAGACUGUUAUACAAGCUGGCAGACCUCAUUGAAAGAGAUCGGGUGGUAUUAGCUACAAUGGAAACGAUGGACACAGGAAAACCAUUCCUCCAUGCAUUUUUUAUUGACCUGGAAGGUUGUAUAAAAACUCUGAGAUACUAUGCAGGCUGGUCUGAUAAAAUACAUGGCAAAACCAUGCCAGUGGAUGACGACUUUGUGUGUUUCACUAAGCACGAACCUGUCGGUGUGUGCGGAGCCAUCAUCCCUUGGAACUUUCCCUUGUUAAUGUUUAUGUGGAAGAUGGCUCCAGCACUGAGCUGUGGGAACACUGUUGUUAUCAAGCCUGCAGAGCAGACGCCUCUAACAGCACUGUACAUGGGUGCUUUAGUGAAGGAAGCUGGUUUCCCCCCUGGUGUGGUGAAUAUAGUCCCAGGAUUUGGACCCACGACAGGUGCAGCCAUUGCUAGCCAUAUGGAUAUUGACAAAGUGGCAUUCACCGGAUCAACCGAGAUUGGGAAACUUGUCAAAGAAGCAUCUGCUAAAAGUAACUUGAAACGAGUGACUCUAGAACUAGGAGGGAAAAAUCCAUGCAUUGUUUAUGCUGAUGCUGACUUGGACCUGGCCGUGGAAGAGGCGCAGCAGGGAGCGUUCUUUAACCAGGGACAGUGCUGCACGGCCGCCUCUCGCAUCUUCGUGGAGGAGCAGAUCUAUGAGGAGUUUGUCAGGCGGAGUGUGGAGCACGCUAGGAAGAGAAUCGUCGGGGAUCCAUUCGAUCCACGAACGUCCCAGGGACCGCAGAUUGACCAGGAGCAGUUUGAUAAGAUCAUGGAGUUGAUUGACAGUGGGAGGCGAGAAGGUGCCAAGCUGGAAUAUGGCGGCUCAGCCAUUGAGGACAGAGGUCUAUUCAUACAGCCCACUAUAUUUUCAGGUGUUAAAGACCACAUGCGCAUCGCUAAGGAGGAGAUCUUUGGACCCGUACAGUGUAUAUUUAAGUUUAAAAGCCAAGAGGAAGUCAUUAAGAGAGCGAACAGUACUCAGUAUGGAUUGGCAGCAGCUGUGUUUACAAAAAGCAUGGACAAAGCUCUGAGUGCAGCUUCCGCUUUGGAGUCUGGGACAGUCUGGAUAAACUGCUACAAUGCUCUACAUGCCCAGGCUCCCUUUGGCGGCUAUAAGAUGUCAGGAAAUGGCAGAGAACUUGGUGAAUAUGCUUUGGCAGAAUACACCGAAGUUAAAGCAGUCACAAUCAAACUCACACAGAAGGAUCACUGAAUAAACAAUGAACAGAGAACUGGAAAACUCCCAAUAUACAGUACAAGUCACUACUGGAGUGGAGAACACAGCGUGCCAGCCUCACAGCUGGUGCUACGGCAGCACAUGUUACUGUAUCAGAACAUCAGCCCUUUAGAGAUAAUCAAGGGAUUUGCUUUAAAACCAUAGUGUUUAAAAGAAUCUUCUAAUAUGUUUUAGAUUUUCGACUCUAAGAAGCUCUUAUUUUAUUUAGAAAUGGUCUACCUAGGAGGACUGGAGUGCAGCACCUUGUUUUUUAUGGUCCAGUCCUUGAGAUUAAAUGUCUUGAGAAAGCAGCAGGGAAAAGGAUUAUUAAGAGGCUUAUUGGGGCAAUAUAAUCAAGGAAGGUGCUGUAAAAUUGUACGCACCUUGUGUCUGCUGACAUAGUGUCGUAUAACCUUUAGCAAGCCAUUCAAGCCACAAAGGCUUUUUUUGUCCUUCAGCCAGUUUCCCAUUUCUCAAACCGCAGAGAUAUACAUAGCUCUGUGAAUUUAAAAAAGUUUACAAAGGCAGUUCCUGAUAUUUCACAAAAGAAAUGCUUCAAAGACAUCUGUGGGUUUUGUGAUUUUGUUUUUUUAUAAUUCCAAAGCCAUCCAGAAUGUUUUUCUAGUUUAUGGCAGCUGUAAACUGCUUCCCCACUGGCGCACUAACCUGCACUGUUGGUUCCACUCUUCCGACCAAGCCACCACAUUUAUGAAAACAGAAUAAUAAUUUGCUCGAAACAUACCCUUUAAUAGUUGAUCUGUUGUCUGCUUAAUCUCUUGGAAGCAAAGCAUUCUGUGCUUGAUCUGCUGUUUGAUUUCAGAUUCCCAGUACAGGACGAGAUCAAACUUGGAAAUUGCUCUUUAGGACAUUUAUAAAAUAUUUAUAUAUGAAAUGUGAAUUUGUAUUAUUAAAAUUUUGUUUGUUAAUAUAAAAAAUGAUAAUUAUUUUGGAAGUAUUUGGGUAUGAAUAAACACUUCUCAUUUUAAGAUUACAAUGUAACUUGGUAUGUGGUGUAGUAUACAUUAUAUUUUGUUUCUGUGAACAUUAUAACAUCUCUGUGUAGCCGUUUAGAUUUCCUAACUGGGACAGUAAACAGACCCCAGUGAAAGACCAGCUACAGCUUUUAUAAUCUUAUGGUCUCUGAUUUUAAAAUCAGCCCUUGAUAAUGUAUGCACUGGGUGGGGUGGGGGACUCACACUUCCAUACAUUUAUGGUUCAGCCCAAUCCUACUGUAAAUGAUAUGAAUGAGCCUCUUUGAUUAUUAAGACUCCCUGGUAAUGCAAUGAUGACACAUGUGAAACUAUAUUGGAAAACUUUAAUAACCGUUUGUAAGAUGGUAGUUUAUUCAUUUAUAUAUAUAUAAAAAUUAGCAUUUAAAACGACUUGUAAAAUAUACAACAAUAAUUUUCUAUUUAAUAGAUCAUUUAAGUGUUUUGUAAAAGAGAUGUCUUUCUUGGUGAAUUGUCUUUUUUUUUCUUGAAUAGAUGACAUGUCAGUGUCGUCAAUGUAGGCCAUCAAACCAAUUGUUAUGCUGUUGUAUCAGUUCCAAUAUAGAAUGUAUAAUUGUUAUAAUAUUCUUGAACAUUUAUGAUUAUGCUCUAGUGAUUUCUGACUUUUAAACUAUUUUUGACUAUUUUAUAUAUUUAAAUAUCCUACAACACCUCUCUAUCUUUUAAAUAAAUAAAAAAAUCU